AUGCCGCCGAAGGGAAGAGUGGAAGGCGGGGAGGAGCCGGCAGUGCGAAAGAGGAAGGGGACGAGGGUCGAGGCUAUGCCCUUGUCCCUCUUCAGAGAGAUCUCCAAGGUGACGAUGAGGAGGACGGAGCGCGAGUUCGUGCAGGGGCGGGCGUACAUGCUGCUGGAAUGGAACCUGAUGUCGAGAAAUAGCGACACUGCGGAGCUCCUGUACAGCCACUUGGGCUGUACGGAUGACUGCCUCCAGUUCUACGUCAUCCGCCCACAGAAUGAUGAUGGCGAUGAUGGUCGUGACUGGGAUCCGAAGCAUGUGUAUGCCAACCCUUUGAUACCGGAGUUGUGCCCUGUGCUGGCAGUGGGGAUAUACUGGCUGACGUACCAUCCGAAUAAUUUCGCAGCCCGUGGGAAAUUCUUUCCAGGCAGCAGUCAGCGCCAGAGGUUCAGGAAGCACUUCUGCACGCAGGUGCUGGAAGAUGAGGGCAUCAAGGCGGCCAUGGAGUCGAACGGUCUGCUGACCGGAGAGAUAGGUGUUGCGAGCAUCCGUUUAGGAAGUGCGACGUACUGCACAUCGGGAACAACUGCCCCGCCCCCGAUAGUAGCGAUCCGUGUGAGGGCGGAAGGAAAGAUCAAAGGAAGGCAAAGAAAGGACGAGAGCCUCUGGUACGACCGUGCCGGUGACCAGCAUAUUGGUAGGUUGGUUGCAGGGCUGCCGUUCGACAAGCCGGACUUUGCGAUUCCUCCGCCCAUGUUUCAUACCAACGAUCAAGAGAGUAGGAAGAAGCUCGACGGAAUCUUCCGUCUGCUCUUCAAAGACAUAAACUCGCCCCGGGCGCGCAGUGCAGCGGAGAUGGUGUUGGCGUCUUUCGUGUACCAUUUAGACUUCCUACGAAAGGAGCUGCCAAGAAACCAUCCCGUCUUCAAAUCACAGCUCUUCGCACACGCAGGAAUGAUCGAUGAGCUGAAGCAGCAUGUCACGAUCGAAAGGAAUGGCCGGCAGGUCACCGGCGUGCCCCCUUAUGUCUCCCUUCUCAAGGCGAUGGAACAAAUGAAUCAACGCAUCGCGCAAGGAAUCAUCAACGAGCUUCAGUCCUGCCUGUCAUCAGAGGUUGCUGCUGGGGCUAGUCAGAACAACCACGUACACGAGGGGUCGUCGACAGAGGCAACGAUGGUACCCAAGGAGCCGGCCAAUCAGCCAGCCAAUCUCAGAAUCAUCAGCCAUGCGAUCGAAUCUGCUGCUCCAAAUCAAAGAAGAUCGCAGCUGGGCACUUCGUCGGGCAGAGCUCCGGAUGCAGCAUGCACGCAGGCAGGUGGUGGUGGUGGAGGUGGAGGUGGUGGAGGAGGAGCAUCCUUUGGCGGUGGCAGCAAAGUUGGGAGAUGUGGGAGCAAGGUCCCUUAUCAAUCAAAGGGUGGGUAUGAAAGCAACAUCGCAAGGAUCGCCCCCUGGUCGGAGCACAAACUGACGGGGUUGACAACAUCGGAGGUUUGGAUGCUCUGGCACUUUGGCAGCGCAGAUUCGGGACACGUUCCCUUGAAGAAAGCGAGGUGUAAGGACUUUCAUAACAAGUCGGACGGGAAGAGGCUCUCGGAUAUCAAGUACCUUGUCCACGCCAUCGAGGAGGAGGCAGAAGCCCUGGGGAUCCACAACAGCAACCCGGGGGUGGAGGAGGCUAAGUUCAUCUUCGAUCAGUGCGAGAACUUCCUGAUCCAGGAGUACGAGAGGGUGACGAGGGCGAGGGGACAGGAGACGGCACUUCCCUUGAGCGAGCUCUCUUGGCUGACCGUCCUUGAACUUAUCCGGCAACAGCCGACGCGCAGGUGCUAG